CAUUACAUUCCCUCCCUCUACUCUCAAAAACAGCCUUAAAGAGCACCAUCUCAAUUUGAACCCUAAAUUCAAAGACAGAAAGAAAGGUGGUGUUGUGAAGACACAGCAGAAUCAGAGAUCACAGAAAAAAAUGGCCUCAACUUCAGCUGUUUCUAUGGCCAUGCCAUUAACUUCUGCAAGCCCUAAGAGGGUUCUUCAAAGCUCAGAGGCCUUCUUUAAUCCACUGUCUGUGAGGACAUCUAAGGCUAUGGUGGCUUCAAAAUCAAAAUCCAGUGGGAGGUUUCAAGUCAAGGCUUCCUUGAAGGAAAAGGCAGUCACUGGGUUGACAGCAGCUGUACUCACUGCUUCCAUGGUGAUUCCAGAGGUUGCCGAAGCUGCUGAGUCUGGGGUUUCCCCAUCUCUCAAGAACUUCUUGCUCAGCAUUGUGGCUGGUGGGGUUGUGCUCGUUGCUAUUGUUGGUGCUGUCAUUGGAGUAUCCAAUUUCGACCCUGUCAAGCGAAGCUAAGCGAUGUAUAAAAAAAGAUUCUGAGAUUUCUGGGAAUUCAUUUUCCUUAUUAUUAUGUUAAUGUAUCUUUAUGACGUUUCCAGCGAUAAUCCGUCUUUUAAUUCUGUGUUUGUUUUGUCCGUCUCUCCUUAAGCUGUAAUUUCACCUGAAACCUGCAAAUUCUGAAAUUUCAAUUUCUAA